AUGGAUUCCACACCGGGCUCUUCCUACCGCCGCCGCCGCCUCCUCCUUCUCUCCCCGGCUUCCCCCGCUUCACCCGCCGUGGUCAAGUCUCUUUUUCCCGCCGAUCUCUCGCCGAUCUCCGACCUCCGCCUCACCAUGGAGCAGCUGGGACGCGGUCAGCACGAAAACGCUGAGCAAGAUCUGGGAAACAAGAAUACUAACGGUUUACAAAGAACAGUGUCAUCGGAAUCAACAGACUCAGGUUGUGCUUUGGAUUCGCCUGGUCCUGCAACCUCAAGCGAUAUCAUGGAGGAAACGUUUGAGAAAGCAAUUCUUGAAUCCAGCAGACUGAACACUCGAAUGCCUUUCAGAAGAAUACAUUCGCUGCCACAAAGCCUCCUGGGAUGCAGUCCUGCUCUGAAGAGAAGCCAUUCUGAUUCUCUGGAUAACGAUGCUUUUCAACUAUUGGAACAAGAAGAAAAUAAGGAGAACGAAUCGUUUGAGUUUAAGAAGCCAACCAAACCAGCUUCUCGUAGCUCCGUGCAUGUCCAUUCCCGUGAUGGAAAAGGUGUUCCUGGACCAAGGCAGAAUUCAUCUCCAGCUCAGAUAUCUCCCACUGGUGAAAUGCCCACGGGUGAACAGGAGAACUACAGGCCAGCUUUCCUGCCGCACUCUUCUCUGACUUCCUCUGAAAGUGAAGAUGAUGAUGGAUUCCUAGAGCUGCUAGAUGAGCAAGAUUUGAAGAACGAUGAGGAGAUGCCAUCUGAUGUGGCGAGCCUCUGGACUGCACCACUAGUCAUGAGGAAAACAGACAAUCGGGCCAAACGAUGCCGGUUGUUUGGCUCUUCAUCUCUGCCCAGUGGUGUAGGAAGAACCACCCAGAAGAGGACGGAGAGGUCGCAGGAAGAGAAUUCUCCAGGGAAAAGCAAGAAGAGGAAAAGCCUGCCUGGAACACCUUCUGAGGAUGCAAUGAGUUUGAAGGUAGUAGGGACGCAAUCCUCCACAGCAGAGAUCGAAAGCAUUUUGGACAGCGACCAGAGAGAUCUUAUCGGUGACUUCUCAAAGGGUUAUUUAUUCCACACUGUCGAUGGGAAGCAUCAAGAUUUAAAAUAUAUCGACUCGGAAAUGAUUGUGUCUGUUCUGACUGGGAAGUUUGCCAGCUUCAUCAAGGAGUGCGUGAUAAUCGAUUGUAGAUACCCGUAUGAGUAUGAAGGAGGACACAUCAAGGGUGCUGUAAACCUCCAUAUGGAAGAGGACGUGGAAGACUACUUGCUUAAGAAGCCAAUCCAGCCAUCGGAGAACAAACGAGUGAUAAUAGUGUUCCACUGCGAGUUUUCUUCAGAGCGGGGUCCUCGAAUGUGCCGGUUUGUGCGAGAGCGGGACAGGCUGGGUAACGAAUACCCCAACCUCCAUUACCCAGAGCUCUAUGUCCUGAAGGGGGGCUACAAGGACUUCUUCUUAAGAUGCCGCAGUUUCUGCGAGCCCCAGAGCUAUCGCCCCAUGCACCACGAGGACUUUAAAGAAGACUUGAAAAGGUUCCGCACCAAAAGCCGAACCUGGGCGGGUGAGAAGAGCAAAAGGGAACUGUACAGUCGCCUGAAGAAGCUCUAA